AUGCUCAGCGGAUGUACGUCCUCUGAUAGGGUCUCCCAAGGAGUGUACCACUGCCAAGAUUUACCACCGUCUUGGCGACAACCCGUGGUGAAAGCUAAGCUCGCCAUGACAGGGCUGCUUAGUAUGGAAAAAAGUCAACUUGGCGCUCCAGUAUACCGACUGUCUCACUACUCUUUACACUGCCCACUGCCGUCCCAGACGUCUGACGGUAUGCAAUCGACCAAGUUGGAACAGUCAAGGUUCCAGCUGCCUGGAUCACAUCCAGACCUUGUCGAGGUUCAUAGAGAUAAUUCAGAAUAUCAGACGAUCUUGACGCGCUUCCGAGUGAUUGGCUGCUGA